CAUAAAACAAGCAGAGGGCUCCGCUGCUCCGCCAGAGCCGCCACAGCCAUGAGCCAGCCGAGCCGCCCGACCUGCAGCCCCGCGCUGCCUCUCCUCCCGCGCCCCUGACCCCGCACCGCGACCGCACCAGACCACCGACCAUGAAGAGGCAGAACGUGCGGACCCUCGCCCUCAUCAUCUGCACCUUCACCUACCUGAUCGUGGGCGCCGCGAUCUUUGACGUGCUGGAGUCUCAGGAGGAGACAACCGAGAAGGAGACGCUGGACAUGAGGAAGCAGGAGCUGCUCAGCACCUUCAACCUCUCCAAAGAUGACUUUGACCUGCUGGAGAAGGUGGUGCUGCAGCUGAAACCCCACAAAGCCGGCGUGCAGUGGAAGUUCGCAGGUUCCUUUUAUUUUGCCAUCACGGUGAUCACGACCAUAGGAUACGGCCAUGCAGCCCCCAGCACAGAAGGAGGGAAAGUCUUCUGCAUGCUCUACGCCCUCCUAGGCAUUCCCCUCACUUUGGUCAUGUUCCAGAGCGUUGGUGAGCGGAUUAACACCUUCGUCAGAUACCUGCUCCAUCGCCUAAAGAAGUGCCUUGGAAUGAGGCGCACCGAAGUCUCUUUGGCCAACAUGGUGACCUUUGGUUUCAUAUCCUGCAUAAGCACGCUAUGCGUGGGGGCGAUGGCCUUCACUCACUUUGAGGAGUGGAGCUUCUUUCAUGCGUACUACUACUGCUUUAUCACGCUCACCACCAUCGGGUUUGGGGACUACGUGGCACUGCAGAAUAAGGAUGCCCUGCAGACCAAGCCGGAGUACGUGGCCUUCAGCUUUAUCUACAUCUUGACAGGCCUGGCAGUGAUUGGAGCCUUCCUCAACUUAGCAGUACUGAGAUUCAUGACAAUGAAUGCCGAGGAUGAGAAAAGGGACGCCGAGCAGAGGGCUCUUCUUGCCCAUAACGGCCAGGUGGGUGGGCACAUUAACUGCUCCGUAGACCCCAUCUCCCCCUCCUCCACGCCGCCUGGGUGUGGCGGUGGAAGUGCAAUCGGAGGGAGCAGCGGAGGGGCUGCGAGCCGCGGCUUACGUAACGUUUACGCCGAGGUUCUCCACUUCCAGUCCAUGUGUUCCUGCCUUUGGUAUAAGAGCAGAGAGAAGCUGCAGUACUCCAUCCCCAUGAUCAUCCCACGUGACCUCUCCACGUCGGACACCUACAUGGAGCAGGGAGAGGCUUUCUCCAACCCUCUGCACUCGAACGGCUGCGUGUGCAGCUUGCACCAUCACUCAGGCAUCAGCUCGGUGUCCACAGGUUUGCACAGCAUCAACACCUACAGGAGACUGAAUAAACGCAGAAGCUCUAUCUAAGCAUCUGGAAAACUUUGUUUCACAGUCUGUUUGCGUGCAUCACCAUGUGAGGUAGUCCAGCUGGAGCAGAAAUACAGUGGACAUGGAAGGAACAAAAUGCCAACGUUACAGAGAUCUAACUCCACCAAUCUGGGUUUUGCUUUGGAAUUAAAUAAUUUGGUGGUUUGGACUCAAGACGUGGUUCUUCCAUUGACGGAGUGUGACUCUUCUAGUAUUAAGAGUAUUAAGAAUCACACUAAAGCUAAUGGUUGAGUGGCGUUUACUACACGUCUUCUGACACUGUUGCACAUCUGCAAUAUCUUAACUCUGAAAUGAGCAUUUUCUUUGUCAGCAAGUAUGGAUUUCUAAACCUCAAUCUGAAAGAGAAGGAAAAGCACAGAGAUAUGUAUUAAGAGGAGAAUUUAAUAAAAUAAAAUAAUAUCUCAAAAGAAAACUUGUUGGUAAGGAACUCACUUGAUGAGCCAGAGUAAAAUGUGUGUAAAUAUUUGGACACUUCACAUAAAACUUAUUUUUUUCAGUGAGAGCUUUAAAAAAAGAAGUUUUUUUUCCUGUGUUUAUGUUUGCACAGUGCAGUUUCAAACAAACCUCCUGGUCUCCUUAAGAUUAUGUUUUCUUCCAUGAGAAAACAUUAGAUCAAAUGAUAAUAUCUCACUGGUUUAAGAUAGCUGUCAUAAACAUUGCCUUGCAAAAGUAUAUUGAACUUCUUCAUGCUUGUCACAACAGAACCAUACAUUUCAAAGCAUAUUACUGGGAUAAUAUGGCAAGCGAAAAGUUGCUUGCAAAUGUGAAUGCGGCAUUCAAAAAUUUUGUGAGUAAAGGCCUUAAAAAGUUGGGUAUUUUUAUUUCAUCUCAAUUAGUCAAUUUAAACGACCUCGUUUUGCCAUGACAAUCUGCAAAUUUUUGUCUGAAACUUUUGACUACUCUGUUUAAAAACAUUUCAGCCUCAGUCAGGUUGGUGGGGAAAGCAUCCUUGGAAUCGGUUUUAAUGUCCGCAGACUGAUAAUCGUAAACACUCCCAGGUUUGUUCAGGCUUUAAGUUUAGGAUCCUUGUCAUGAUGGAAUGUAAAGCUUUACAGCCGCUGACAGUUUUUGUUUGCCGUCUCAUUUCCCUCAUCCAUCUUCCCAAUAAGUUCCAACCAGCGUUCCUGUCCAUAAUUAUCCCCACAACAGGAUCCUGCCGUUUCAUAUUUUAAUUUGGGGAUAGUGUGUACAGCGUUUUGCACAGAGGCCAGAAAGCACAAUUUUGAUCUCAUUAGACUAGAGCACCUUUUUCUGCAUGUGCCCUUCCUGGUUUAUGACAACCUGCAAACACAAGUUGUUUAAGAAUGAUUUUGUUCUUGCUUCUCUUUCACUAAACUCAGAUUUUUGGAUUACACGCCAGUAUUUGUCCCGAGGACAGAUUCUUCAGGUUUUCCUGGUUCCUUCUCUGAUUGGUAAAUUAAUCAGUGCUCUGUGAGAGGGUCAAAGCUUGAGAUUUAGUUUUAUAGCCAUACACUUAUUUGAAUUUCUCUAUAAUGUUAUUCUUGAGCUUUAUGGAGUGAUUGAUUGUCUUUAUUUAUUCAGGGGUAUCAACGUAAAGAGGGGUGAAUCGAAAUCCAAAUAAAAGACUUUCAGAUAUUUAAAAAAAAAAUUGAAACUGUGUAAUACAGCAGUUCUUUGUGUUGUGUUACCUCAUAAAAUUCCAAUAAAAUGCAUAACAUUUUUAAAUUAUGACAUGACAGAAAAGUAAAAGGGCAAAAACACAUCUGCAAAGCGCCAUAAAGAUCCGACAUGCAAUGUCACCAUUGACCACUAGGCUUCCUUUGCCACUUUUCCCCUCAGCUUUAUAAAAUUACUAUGAAUUUAGAUUUUCAUAGGUUGUUCUUAUGCAUUAAUCUGAAUCAUGUACAUGUUCUCAUCAUAUGUUUUUGUGUAGCUGGACUAUAAUCUGAUAUCUUAAAUCAGAGCAUGUAAGCUCACCUGUGUAUUGUAGAAAAGCAUAUCGUAUUCACUGCUGCACCUUAGAGAACUGUUUGUGCUUUCAGACACUGGGACUCGGUGUCUGACAUGUUUGAUUCUUUUUAAAUGAAUCCCACCAUGUUCUGUUAUGUAAGUGAUAAGACCUAACUCAUGUAACUUGUCGGGGAAGUGAGAGGCAUUUCCAUUGAUGCUCUGUACUUUGUGAACCUCACAAACAAAGAAACAGCCUCAGCUUUUGCACGUCUUGCACUUAAAGGGGCGGUGGGGCAUUCUCCGGCCCCACAUUCACUUGACUCAACCAAUUGAGGUCUUUUAUGCAGUGUUCAUUUUGUUUCAUUGAAGAACUGACAUUUGUCUUUAUUGUAUUUCUGUAGUUUAUCGUCACAGAGAGUCAUUACGGUUUUCAGUUUUUCUUUUCUACUGGACAGUUCAUGACUACAGUAAACCUGUUGACGUUUUUCAGCAACUCACUACUUGAUGAGAAGAGCUGUGUGUGUUACAUGUACAUGUUUUUGUUUUCUUUUGAGCAUAAUAAAAUACUAUUUAAUU